AUGGGCAAUAAAAAUAGCUGCUGUGGAUACUCUAGUCCUCAAGGAGGUAGAAAGGAUCCUAUUGGCGAGAAUACCACUCGAGGUCUUGAGGAACAUCUUCCUGAAGGCGAGUUCAGUGUCACUAAUUUACAGCACAUAAGCGAACGAGAGCCUGAAGACUGGGAUUCUGAUCCUUCACUGCAUCCUUGCGCUGGGACGAUAUUUAUGGAGCGAUCGAAACAAUCCAUCGAAAAUGGUAUGGUACGAAAAAAAAGUCAACAUCAAAUAGCUGAUACGAGGCCUUUAAAAAAGAGCAGCAGCUGUAGUACUAUUUAUUUGGACGACAGUACAGUGUCUCAGCCAAAUUUGAAAAAUACUGUUAAAUGUGUUGCACUGGCUAUAUAUUAUCACAUUAAGAAUCGAACUUCGCAAAGGCAAAUAGAUAUAUUUGAUGAAAAAGUCCAUCCAUUAACUAGAGACGGAAUUGCGGAUGAUUACGAUAAGCACAAUCCUGAGCAUAAGCAAAUAUAUAAGUUUGUUCGAACAUUAUUUAACGCUGCUCAAUUGACUGCUGAAUGUGCAAUCAUAACGCUCGUAUACCUUGAACGUUUAUUGACGUAUGCAGAAAUAGAUAUAACGCCUGCUAAUUGGAAGCGUAUUGUUCUUGGUGCUAUUCUUUUGGCCUCAAAGGUGUGGGACGAUCAGGCAGUAUGGAAUGUCGAUUAUUGUCAAAUACUUAAAGACAUUACCGUUGAAGAUAUGAACGAACUUGAAAGACAGUUCCUCGAGAUGCUUCAAUUCAAUAUAAACGUCCCGUCAAGUGUUUAUGCUAAGUACUACUUUGAUCUCCGUACUCUAGCCGAAGCCAAUGAAUUAACAUUCCCCAGUGAACCGUUGAGCAAAGAUAAAGCUCAAAAGCUUGAAGCAAUGUCGAGGGUCUACGAAGACAAGGUUACUACCGAAGCACUGCGUAAUGGUAUUAAAAAAUGGUCCAGCUUGGAUAAUGUUUGUAUGGGCGGCCCCAGACGUAGUAUAGCCAUUCUUUCGUAA